AUGGUGCUGAAGAAACUAAUAUGCCAUUACAGCAAAAUUGAAGGAUGCACAGUAAAUAUACAAAAAUCAAUGGAUUUCCUGUAUGCCAGCAAUGAUCAAGUGGAGUUUGACAUUAAAAACAACAUUUACAUUACAUCACUUAAAAACAGAAUCUUGGGCACCGGCACCGGCAGCAGGAGGCAGCAGGAUGGUGAAGCUGAUGGCUCAGUACACCAAGCCGUGCAGGACCGUGAGCUGGAUCUCCAGGGGUAUAGAAUUCCUGUCAUUGAAAAUCUGGGUGCUACCUUAGACCAGUUUGAUGCUAUUGAUUUUUCUGACAACAAAGUCAGGAAACUGGAUGGUUUUCCUUUGUUGAGAAGGCUGAAAACACUAUUAGUGAACAACAAUAGAAUGUGCCGUACCGGUGAGGGACUUGAUCAGGCUCUACCACGUCUGAGAGAACUCAUUCUCACCAACAAUAGUCUUGUGGAACUGGGUGACCUGGACCCUUUGGCAUCUCUCAAAUCACUGACUUACCUAAGUAUUCUGAGAAAUCCUGUAACAAACAAGAAGCAUUAUAGACUGUAUGUAAUUUAUGAAGUUCCACAAGUCAGAGUAUUAGAUUUCCAGAAGGUGAAACUAAAAGAGCCUCAGGAAGCAGAGAAAAUGUUCAAGGGCAAACGGGGUACACAACUUGCAAAGGAUAUUGCCAGGAGAAGCAAAACUUUCAGUCCAGGUGCUGGUUUGCCAACUGACAAAAAGAAAGGUGUGGGCCAAUUGAACACCAAUAAAAAAUAAAUUUAUAUAAAAAAAAAAGAAAGGUGUGGGCCAUCUCCAGGGGAUGUAGAAGCAAUCAAGAAUGCUAUAGCAAAUGUGUCAACUCUGGCUGAGGUGGAGCAGCUGAAGGGUUUGCUACAGUCUGGUCAGAUACCUGGCAGAGAACGCAGAUCAGGCCCCACUGAUGAUGGUGAAGAGGAGAUGGAAGAAGACACGGUCACAAAUGGGUCCUGAGCAGUGUGACCCAAGUAUCUGCAGGAUGUAUAAUAUGCCUACUUGGGACAAGUCCUGUUUUAUUGAACUUGGA